UCCGAGAGUUUUUCCGUCUGGUCAGUUAGAUAAUGUUGCCAGCAUGUUCUUGUGAUGUAUUUUUAAGCCAGAUCUGAACUGGGUUCAAGGAACGUUGCAUGUAUCAGUUAGUUGUAUUGACUGGAAGAUAACUAUAUAAUAACAAUAUGUACAUGAGAUAUAGUACAGCCUACCUAGAUAGAUGUUCGAAUCUGGUAUUUGUUCUACUUGUAAAGGGAAGUUUCACUGUUUCUUUUCUACAAUAGCUGCUUAUAUAGAUUAAUUCACUUUAUUAUGGUAUCCACAAAGAUAAUAGAGCAUUAACAUUACUUAAAAAUUUGUAUGCCGAAACUUCAGCGUUGAUUGUUUCCAUGAGCUGUGAAGAAACAUGUAGGCUACUGCACAUUACUUCAUCAUUUUCAUUACUCAUUCACAUGAACUUUGAGUAUGGAUCCAUUAAACCUAACCUUCUCGCUACCCUCACCUCACGAUUCAGUAUUUCACUUGCCUCCACCAUCACCAGUGAGUGUCUAUUGUGUCCUGUGCAGUAUGUGGCACCAUUGCAAGGGGCGGUCACUGAUCAGCUGUACCGCGGCAGGAAGGUUGCGUCACUGGCUCACUGCGGCACAAUACUCAAUAGCACCAGUUGUUGUAAUUUUACUGAGGCACAAUGGUUGAGAUUUCAACUGUUGCUGUUGGAAUUCUGCUCUCCCUUGAGUUUGGCUAUUUCUUGAAAGUCCUUGUUCAUGGCGUUAGUGCAAAACUCUUCUUAAGUAAGAUACACCCUCUCAAAUCUUCAGGAAUAUAUGGGAUCUGUACAACUCGUGACAUUGACUUCAUGUUGAAUCAUAUCAACAAUGGACGCUAUGUACGUGCAAUGGACUUUGGCAGGCUGGACCACUGCAUCCGGUCUGGCAUCUUCAAGUCGGUCGCCAACAGCAGUGCCACACUGCUUGUGGCUGCAACCACUAUAAGAUAUCGCAAGCCUGUGUACCUCUUUGUACCCUACAGGCUUCAGUCACAAAUUGUGUAUUGGGAUGACAAGAACAUGUACUACCGUCAAGACUUUAUAACUCUUCACGACAACUUUGUGCGAGCAACAGCUUAUGUCAAGCUUGCAGUGUUAGGGUCACAACCAGAGAACCUGUUGUUGGCAGUGACCCGAGAGAACAUUGUCCUGCCUGAAGCACCUGAUGAUCUCCUAUCUUGGAUAGAGUACAACAAACAGAGUAGUCAGAACCUCAAAAAGUCACUAUAAACAAAUCAUUAUAUUGUUCUUGGAGCCAAUAAUACUGAUUACUGUGAUAUACUUUAGGUAUAGCAGAUAUAAUAAUUCAUAUGAUUAAUGAAGUUGGCUCCAACAGCUUCCUAGUAUGAUCUCCGGGUGUUAAGUACAAGUACCCUAGCAUUAGUGAUGUGUACAGUAAGUGAUUGGACUGCCUGGUGGACAUUGGUUAUACUGUCCAUGAAGAUCACAAAACAAGUAAUAAUUUUUAAGAAUUCACAUUUGCCAUAGUUCAAAACAUAAGGUAAAGAAGGCCAUUCUGCCAUACAUUUUGAAUCUCAACAGCCACAAGCCUAGGAUGCACUCUGGGUGACCAAAUUCACCAAUUGUAUAAUAGGUCAUGAGAAAGAUCACCUGCUUAACAACAGGAAUGAGUUUAGGUAAUGAUUGUCUCAGUUAUUAUUCUCUGUAGAACUUGAAAUGAUUAAUCACUGAAAAUGAGUGUUGAAGCUGGAUGUAUGUAAACAGUAUAUAUUCAGUGUAGUAUGGCUACUGAUGUGACUUGCUACCUAUAUCUGUAUAUUAGAUUGAGAUCCCUCUUGGAAGAGCAUAACUAAGACAGAAGCUUCAGGCUUUGUCUCAUUGUAGGACUAAGGAUAGAGAGGAGGAACCUCCAUUCCCCUCGCUCCGUCCCCUUCGGUCACCUUUUCUGACACAAAAGGAACAUGACGGCUGUAAUUUUCUUCCUUCCCAUAGAGGAGUGGGCAGCCAGGCAGUGUUUCUCUGUGUCUCACUCUUAUUUGCACAAUUCAUCCAGGUUUGUUACUUCCUCAUCAAUCCCCUUGGAAAUGAGUCUGCAUUUACAUGGCUUUAUUGUUAUUUAUUUAUUUAUUUAUUCAUGUAUAUUAUAUACAUAUUUAUUUGCUAAUAUAGUAAAGUCUAAUAAAUAUUAAAUAUC